GCCGUGGCUGUCUAUUUUAUCCUCUUUAUGGAUUUAGCCACAUAACUUCGCGCCAAUUGGCUUGCUGCUAUGAUGGUCAAAGAUAAAAACCAUCCCAAGCACCCAAUGUCUGCUUAUGCCUGCUUUGUGCAAGUUAUCCGCGAGGAACAUCGGAAAAAACAUCCUAUCGAAAAUGUUCUUUUCAGCGAGUUUUCUAAGAAGUGUGCCGAAAAGUGGAAGCAAAUGACCGCUGAACAACGGCGUUGUUUUGAUGAAAUGGCGAAGCUCGAUUUGGAUCGAUUCAAUCAUGAAAUGUCCGUUUACGUUCCACCCACGGGUGUACGACGGGGUCGCCGUCGUCGGCGUAUCAAGGAUCCUUGUAUGCCAAAACGUUCCUGGUCAGCGUUCUUUUUCUUUUGUGACGCCUUUCGCUCCAAGAUUCGCACAGAGCAUCCCGACUGGAAGGUGAGUGAUAUCGCCAAAGAACUAGGUCGCCGGUGGGAAGAGUGCACUGACAAGGAGAAAUAUGAACGGCACGCUCAAAACGACAAACUUAGAUAUGAGCAAGAUAUGCUUAAGUACAAGGCCGGUAUAUAUGUGGCUACCAAACGUGUUCGUGUGGAGGAUGACGCGGAUCCGAUGGACGCAGCUGUUGCGUCGGAGAAUACAAAUCAGCAGAAGACUAAUGUCAACAGCAUCCCCACUCGAGAUGUCGAGGACGAAGAAGACGAAGAAGAAGAAGAGGAGGUGGAUGAGGAGGAAGAUGAGGAGGAGGAAGAGGUAGAUGAGGACGAUGAAGGUGUUUGCGUUGGCGGCGAUCCUACUGCUGCUGUCUCGAUUACCAGCGGAAUCAACGCACAAGCAAACGAAAUGGAUAGGGAGAAUUGACCCUUUUCUACGUCCCUAGUUCUGAUUUUUUUGCAUGUACACACUGUCUGUAACCAUGUACUGAUGCUCUUUCGUGCGUACUAAGCUAGCAUUUGUAAGAGAGACCUACCAUUUUGCUGCUCUCCUUCAACCGCAUUUAACAUAAUGUUCGUGAGUGGUCCUUGCUUUUGUCAUCAUCGUUAGCCGAGUCUCUACCCAUUGUUUCAUAUUUUUGUUUACUCUAGUCACUCUAUUUUAAUCUUACCGAUUCCUACUUCCCGUGCAGUUCCAUCCUGGCACUCCAAUGUUUUUUGCCUCGUUUGCAUUACUUCUGCUUUUUUUCAUUUCCAAUAGGUCUCCUGGAAUUUAACGACGUAAUUCAUUCCGCGUUGUGCGUUGCGCACGUAGUAGCUCUGGAUAACCAAACGCUGCUACAAUGACGGUUGUGCUUCCAUUCUUAAAGUUGAUGUUCGCAGUUUCAAAAAAUAAACUUAUUCGCAGCCACAAACUUUUGGCUGUUAGUUCUCA